AUGAUCCCACCAACAUCUUUUUCAAAUUAUAAUAAUCUAGAAACUUAUUGGAAUUAUCUUUAUCCGUGGGGUAGUCAUCAUAAUGGUGCAGCUCUGAUGCUAGGCAAUUCCUCUUACCAUCAAAAUAUUUACUUAAAGAAUUCAGUUUUGAAACUUAAAGCAAUUAGGAAAAAUAUUAGAUUAAAGAAAUUGUCAUUCCAUUAUCUAUCUGGUGCUAUCCAUGCCAAAAAUCAUCUUGAAGUUAAUGAUCAAUUUCCAUAUUAUGUUUUAUGUAGUGAUUUUAUAGCACCUAUGAUUCCAGGAGCUUGGCCAGCAUUCUGGUUAACUAGUGCGACCUCUUGGCCUCCCGAAGUUGACAUGCUUGAAUUCAAAGGCGACAAAAAUAAUAAUUUUAAUAUUUUCAUCAAUAAAACAAAAUCCGUUUAUAGUAAUAAAGUUCCUAUCACCCGCCCUAAUGAUUGGAAUACUUACUGUAUCUCUAUGAAGAAAGUAAAUGAUACAGAUGUCAAAGUAACAUUUUCUCUUAAUAAUCAUAAUAGUAUAACGCAUACAGCCUCUGGAUAUGUCGGAAAACAAUUUUGGUUAAUUAUUAACUUGCAGAUGGAAGGAAGCUCAGGGUUAAGUGGAGAGAAAGUUUAUUAA